GCGGAUCACGAGCGGCUCCACUGCACGGCAACGCGCACGGUCCAGGACCUGACCAACCGCAACGGGCAGGAGGCAGGCGCGCACGCAGGCGCCCUCGCUCGGGUCGCGUCGCGUGACCGCGGCGCCGUGCUUUUCGCUUUCCCCUCAACCACGGCUCCACCGCUCGCGGCGGGACGACUGCACUGCAUUGUCGAUGCGGGCGCGGAAUAAAUACGGCGGCCGGCGGGGGUGGGGUGGGGGUGGUGGCUCUUUGCACCGCUUUUUUCGAACGCUACUUUAGCUUUUACUCUUCUUUUCUCUUGGCUUCCGCUCCUCGCCCACGCCUCCUCCUCCAGUCCUCCCUUUCGUCGUCGCUUCCCUCCCCUUCCCGUUCGAAUCCUCUGACCACCGCAGAGCCUCCCCCCUGAGGAAACCCUAGCGCAGCCGCCGACCGCCGCCGACCCGUAGCAUGGCGUCCCCGGCCCGGCCCGUCGCCGCGUCCGUCUCCGGCGCCUUCGGCCUCUCGCCCGACCCCAAGCGCUGCUCCUUCGACCAGGCGCUCCGGCACAAGGAGCGGCCGGUUCGUUCAUUGCUCGUUGCCGGGGAUGGGGGUGCACCGUGCUGCCUUGUUCUGGAUUUCCAGGAGAACAGGCUGUUGAUGUCAUUUGUUAAUUUCCAUGAGCAAGAGAAGAUCUCUAAAGAAAUCGUAACACACGCUAUAGAAAGCUGCAUGAAGAAACAAGCAGAUAACCUGUUGAAUUCACUGGACGUUAUCAGCGGUAGGUUGUCACAGUUGGAGUUAUACUGCUAUAGACUGGAAAGGUCCAUUGGAGAAUUACGAAGUGACGUGAUGGAUUAUCAUAACGAAGCAAAUCUGAACUUCCGGUGCGUUGAAAAGCAAGUGAAAGAGGUUCAGAAAUCUGUGCAGGCUGUUCAGGAAAAGCAGGAGCUUGCUGAAACUCAGAAAGAAAUGACCAAACUUCAGAUAGUACAUGAGGAUUCUGCACAAAAGAGUGAAGGUACUGCUCCAUCAGUUUUCAUGAAUAGGGAAAAUGAGGUUGCCCUUGUGCCAUUGCACCAAGUAAAUGCUGUUCAGUCACCUCCUGUGCAAUUCCAAAGUUGCAGUGGCCUUAUUCUACAGCAACUGAUGCCAGUCCAAGACCAGCAGCGCUCGAACCAAACCGCUGUGUACUGUAUGCGAGGCCAAAGCCAUCUGGAGCACAGACAGGCCCAAAUGUUCGAAGCUGCUGGUCAAUCUCUGCAGACACACACUCGGAAAACUCAGCCACCGACAGUAGUUGAGGUAUCUCAGGUAACCAGUCAGGCACCAGAGUUCUACCCUCAUCCGCAGCACCAAUGGCAACAUCAGACCGGCCAGCAGGUUUUCUCACAGGCAAGGCAACCACAACCACAUGUACUACAGCAGCAGUACAGCAACAUCCAGCAAGGUCCAGCACAGAUGGUUCAGCUGCAAACGUCCUCUCCACAUGCUCAUAGUACACCACAGGUCACAGUAGUAUAUCCUCCAUACGGGCCUCAUCAGUCUGCCUGUGGUAAUGCUGAGGCACGCAGUGGGGGCAUAGUUGUGCCACCUUCAUACUCUACAAUUUCUUCAUCCCACCGGAAGCAUCAUGAAGCUGCUCCUGUUUAUGUACAAAGCAACACAGUUUCUGUUCCACUGGCGGAGCAGCAUCAGCAGCUUCAUUCACUCGGCAAUGGCUCAUUUGUACCUCAGCCAAGCAAAGUUAGUCCAUGCGGUCUAGCGUCAUAUACGGUACAAGGGAAUGCACAGACCUAUAGCCCUGCUUAUGGAAGCCCUUCCAGCAAUCCUGCUACUAUUGUUGCUGUCCUUAAUCAACAAGCACAUGGCAGUUCUCCCAUGGUGCUUCAUCACUUGGGACCCCAGUCAGUGCUGAACCAUCCGAUAGACAUUGCUGAAAAGGUUACUCGGAUGGGUUACUCGAAGGAUCAGGUUGAGGGUCUUGCACUCCGUAUGGUGGCUGCAGGCCAGCCUGCAGACCAUAACCCCCUGCAUGAUAGGUUGAGCUCUGUUAGCCAUGGUGUAGCUCCUCAUGCAUGGUCUGGAUAGGUAAGAACGACAAAUGCAGCCGUCACGCUUACUUAUUACUCAUGAGGUGUUUGUGUGAUAUAUCUCGGUAUGUGCUUUAUUAUCGUCGGAAAUCUUCAGGUAUUUCCUCUGGCGUCUUUUUUUAUCAGCCAGGAUUGCAUAUCCACCAGCUUAUUUUUACCAGUUGGAGGAUCGAGAUGAAAUAAGUCUGUUUAGAUUAGUUAAAGUGAUCCUGGCAUAUGUCCUGCCUUUUAAUGGACACAUGCUUGUAAUUUUCUCGUGGACUUGCACACGCAUGAUUGGAAUAUAAAACGAUACGAUAAUUUGUUGGUUGCUACUA